AUGACUAUUUGUCGUAAUGAAAAUGAAAAGAUUUUAAUUGAACCAAGUAUAAAUUCAGUUAGAAUUUCAAUUAAAAUUAAACAAGCUGAUGAAAUUGAACAAAUUUUAGUUCAUCAAUUUACAAGAUUUUUAACUUCAAGAGCUGAAAAUUUCUUUAUUUUAAGAAGAGUACCUAUUAAAGGAUAUGAUAUUUCAUUUUUAAUUACUAAUUUUCAUACUGAACAAAUGGUUAAAGAUAAAUUGGUUGAUUUUAUUAUUGAAUUUAUGGAAGAUGUUGAUAAAGAAAUUAGUGAAAUGAAAUUAUUCUUAAAUGCUAGAGCUAGAAUUGUUGCUGAAUCAUUUUUAACUCCAUUUGAUUAG